AUUGAUUAUAUGUUCUGUCACAGUGAACAUACAAAUAAUGCAAGGCAAAGACAAAGGAGCAGGAACGAGAUUUCAUUGUCAAUAGUUUAUCAUUGAUAGCCUGUCGUCCUGGUUGGUAUGGUGCAAACUGUGAUAACAAAUGCGACCCAAACUGCUAUAGCUGUAACAGAUUAAAUGGAACCUGUCAGUUUGGAUGUAUCACUGUAUGGAAAGGAAAAACAUGCAAAAAAUGAAAAUCUUGCAUUAAACAAACCAGCAUGGCAGCUGUAUCCAUAUCAUGGGAGACCUUGGGGAGCAGAGCGUGCUGUGGACGGACUGUAUACAGACCUGUCUGGUGGGGGUGGGCAGUGUACGGUAUCCUCGACUUACGAACUAACAACAGCAGAAUGGCGAGUAGAUCUUGGAAGAGUUCUCAGUAUACACCAUAUCUUUAUACAGUACAGGACGGAUAAUCUCUUCUGGAAUAAAAGUAACGGCUAUACAGGUAGAUUCCUUGGAUUCUCUGUAUACAUUUCAAACACAAGCAACAAAGAUACCGGAGUACUCUGUUUCAAGGAUACUUACUACACUCCUUCCACGAUACCUAAUCCAACAAACAUAACGUGUAUCACACACGGGAGAUACGUCAUCUACUACAACAACAGGACACACCCACCGUAUCCUGAUGGAUAUGAUCUGUACGCUUUCAAUGAGUUAUGCGAAGUGGAAGUGUAUGGCUGUCCCACACCUGGAUAUUACGGAGAGUAUUGUUCCUCAUCGUGUCCACAGAACUGUCAGGGAGGUCACUGUAAUAUCGUGGAUGGAACGUGUCUGGGAUGUCUUCCAGGACACACUGGACCAAACUGUGAUAAAGAAUGUAGCAGAAACACUUUUGGUCUAGACUGUAAACGGAUUUGUGGAAACUGCAGAAAUGGAGAACAGUGUCAUCACGUGAACGGUGGCUGCCCUAAUGGGUGUGACAAAGGAGCCAAGGGCGUUCAUUGUGACAUUGCCUGUCCUUAUGGUUACUAUGGUUACAACUGUGAAAAAAAUUGUAGCAGCAACUGUGGAGACCCAAAGAGAUGUGACAGGGUAUCAGGGGAGUGUGAUGGAGGAUGUCAAGUUGGGUGGGAAGGAUUGACAUGUAAUACCAAGUGCAACGGAGGUAAAUUUGGGACAAAUUGUACCUAUGAAUGCGGUCACUGUCUGCACAAAGUACAAUGUCACUACAUACACGGCACAUGUUUAUAUGGAUGUGACGAUGGGUAUCGAGGCAUCCGGUGUAAACACAUUUGCAAUAACAACACGUAUGGUUCAAACUGUUCUAUGAGUUGUGGAAAAUGCCUUUACGCGCACGGCGAACAGUGUCAUCACGUGACUGGUCAAUGUCCACGUGCAUGUGUCAGUGGUUUUCAAGGGAGCCUCUGUGAUGAUGAAAAUGACCAGUUUCUAACAUCGCCAGAAACAAGAGGUCAGCUGUCAGCUCCACUCUACACUUUUGUCACACUUUUCUGUGUCAGUGCACUCAUUAACAUAAUUUUAAUUCUAAGAAACAAUCUACUGAAGUGUCAACGUAAAAAAGACAACAAGGCCGCCAGAAACUUAGGCUCCAGUAAAGUUUCAAAUAUAAUCUACACAUGCAAUUCUGCUUAUGCUUAUGAUGAAGUGGGAGAAGUUACAAAGAAUCAGGAUUAUGAUAUACUUAGCUAAUUAUAGGUGUUCAUAUUGGAUAUUAAAGUUAUUAUUUGCAUGUGGUCUAAA